GCGGCGGCGUGGACCGAGGGCGCCGGGCAUGGGGCGUCCGGCUGGGCCCGCGGGCCGGCGGCGGUGGCCGGACGGCGGGCGGGCGGCGUGAGCGCGGGGCCGGACGCAGGAUGCGCUCGCGGGGCUCGGCCCCCCGGCGGGCGGCGGGGCCCGGCGGGGCUCUGAGCCUGCUGCUGGGCGCGCUGCUGGGCGCAGUGACCGAGGCCCUCGCGGCGGCCGCCACCCUGCAGGCCUUCCCGCCGUCUCCGUCCCUGCCCGUGAGCUUCCGCGUGCUGGGAGCCGAGAGCGCCUUCUUCCUGCGGGCCAGCGGCCCCGACGCCCCGCGCAACGCCAGCCCGCAGGCCCGGGCCCAGGCCUUCUUCCCGCUCGGAGCCGCGCGGCCGCCCGUGCUCCAGGCCAGCUACGGGCCCUUCUCCGCCGAGCAGGAGGUGCCCCCCGAGCUCCUGCCGCCCGCGCCGGGCUGGCAGCUGCGCGCCCACGUGCUGCAGGAGCGGAUCCACCGCGGCCGGCCCCGCGCGCACGUGCUGUUCCACGCACUGGGCCGGGCCUGGGCCGAGCCAGGCCCCGAGGCUGCACGGCUGCCCUGCGUGCGCGUGUUCGCCUUCCGGGACACGCAGCAGGUGCGCGGCGGCUGCCGGCUGCGGGGCGAGCUGGGGCUGUGCGUGGCGCGGCUGGACCUGCCGGCCAGCUGGUUCGGGCCCCCGAUGGCGCCGGCCGGCAGGAGGAGGCCGGCGGCCGAGCCCGCGGAGGGCAGCCCCGUGGAGCUCUACUACAGCCUGCCGGCCGGGGAGCCACGCACCGACUGCGGGGCCGGGGACGCCGGCCGGGACAGCGCUGGCCGGGACAGCGCCGGCCGGGACAGCGCCGGCCGGGAUAGCGCCAGCCAGCCGGGCCAGGACAGCCGCGAGGAUGCCGCCGCCCGCCUGCAGAGACUCGGCACCGUCCACCUCUCUCGGGCUCCGGACAGUGCCCGGCUCAGGGAGGUGCGUCUGGACGACAACGUGGUCAUUCAGCUGCCGGCCAGACCCGCCCGGCGGGGGGACGUGGUCACAGCGUCCAUCGCCGUGGCCGGCAACACCACUGUGGACCUCUUCAUCCUGAGGGCCAAGGUCAAGAAGGGAGUGGACAUCCUGAGCGCCCAGGCCAGCGAGCCCCGGCAGUGGGGCGUCAGGCAGGAGCCGGGGGCCGGCGGGCAGCGGGGCAGCGUAGUGCUGGUGUGCCAGCGCCUGGCGCCCGGCGCCCGAGACCGAAGCAGUGUCCAGUCCAGCGAGGUGGCCCGGGUGAACUUCGAGGUCAGCAGCAGCGUCAGCAGCGCGCCUGGGGGCCAGCCGGUCACCUGGGAGGUGGAGUACCCCCGGGGCGGAGUCACGACCGCGGCCGUGUCCAACAUCUUCACCAGCCAGCAGGACCUGGUGGCCAUGGUGCCCCUGGCCAUGGACACGGAGCUGCUGAACACGGCCGUGCUCACGGGGCGGACGGUGGCCGUGCCGGUCCGGGCGGUGGCCGUGGAGGAGGACGGGGCUGUGACAGACGUCUCAGGCUCGGUGGAGUGUGUGUCCGCGGACGAGGAUGUGCUCAAAGUGUCCGAGCGCUGUGACCACGUGUUCGUCAGCGGCAAGGAGACCAGGGGCCAGGUGGACGCGGCCGUGCGCUUCUCGCACCAGCACCUGAGCGCCGUCCUGCGCGUGACCGUGUGGGCGCCCCGCCUGCCCCUGCAGAUCGCACUCUCGGACCCGGAGCUCAGCCAGAUCAAGGGCUGGCGGGUCCCCGUGGGCGCCAGCAAGAGGCCCACGCGAGAGAGCGAGGACGAGGAGGAGGAGGAGCGGCGAGGUCGCGGCUGCGCGCUGCAGUUCCAGCGGGCCACCGUGCGGGUGCUCGCGCAGUUCGUGGCCGAGGCAGCCGGGCCCUGGGCGUCGCCCCGCCUCCUGCUGGGGCCCGACUGGCAGCUGGACAUCACCCACCUGGUGGCCGACUUCACCAAGCUGGAGGAGCCGCGCGUGGCCACUCUGCAGGACGGGAUCCUGGUGGGCCGGGAGGUCGGCAUGGCCACCAUCCAGGUGCUGUCCCCUCUGUCCGACUCCAUUCUGGCUGAGAAGACGGUGACGGUGCUGGACGACAAGGUGUCGGUGACCGACUUGGCCAUCCAGCUGGUGGCGGGGCUCACUGCCAGCCUGCAGCCCGGCACAGACAACAGCAGGGCCGUCACGGCCGUGGCCACGGCCCAGGAGCUGCUGCGGACCCCCAAACAGGAGGCCGUGCUCAGCACCUGGCUUCAGUUCAGCGACGGCUCGGCAGCCCCGCUGGACAUCUACGACCCACAGGACUUCGCACUGACGGCCACCUCCCUGGACGAGGCGGUGGUGUCCGUGGCCGCGGCCCACUCCGGGGGGCCAGUGGUGCGGGCGGAGGGGGAGGGCCAGGGCCCGCUGGUCCGCGUGGACAUGAGCAUCGCCGAGGCCUGUCAGAAGUCCAAGCGCAGGAGCGUGCUGGCCGCGGGCGUCGGCUACGUCAGGGUCAAGUUCGGCGACGACGGGGACGAGGGGCCUGAGGCGCAGCCAGAGGGUCAGACCCAGGCCAGCAGCCGGCACCAGGAGGGCCGGGCAGGUGGCGCCUCUGCGGAGCAGGGGGAGGACGCCCCGGGCCGGACCCCCACCGCGGCCCCCGUGGAUGCCGGGGCGGCAGAGACCAGCCGGCUGGACGCGGCCCCCGUGGAGGGCGUCCCUCUGGACCUGACCCGCUUCCUGGCCCCGGUGGGGGCGCCCCGGGCGGGCGCGGGGCCACGGGGGCUCAGCGACCUGGAGGUGGGCAUGUACGCGCUGCUGGGCGUCUUCUGCCUGGCCAUCCUGCUCUUCCUGGCCAACUGCGCCGCCUUCGCCCUCCGCUACCGGCGCAAGCAGCUGCCCCUGGAGGGCCAGGCCGCGGGGAGCCACUCCCACGACUGGGUGUGGCUGGGGGAGGCCGAGCCCCCCCUGCCACCGCCCUCAGACCAGCACACCACGGUCAUCGACCGGGACCCGGGGGGCCGGCAGGACGGCAGCCAGCUGCUGCCCGCGGGGGGUGCCGGGGAGGACGGGGGCGGGCAGGAGGCGCCGCCCGGGGCCCGGCACUCGCCUAUGUCCACGCGCAAGAAGGUCAAGGUCCCCGCGGGGCCCCCGGGCGGCCUCCUUCUCCGGGGCCGGGCUGAGGGCCUCGAGUGGGGGCGCCCCGACCUGGACGCCCCCCCGGAGCUCAGGUUCUACCUGGAAAAAUUCAAAGCGAAGGCGUAGGCGCCGCCUGCCCGAGGGGGCGGUGAGGGCGGGUGCCUGGGGACCCCCAGGCCCGGGGCGGACGGCGGCUCGGGGGGCCGUCCGGGCCCAGCGUCCAGGGCAACAGCUGCUCCUGGGGGGGGACGGGCCCUGGGGUGCCCGCGGCAGAGCGGGGCCGGGCUGGGCUCUGAGAAGGGCGUUUAUGGGUCAAAGUAGAACACAGACAAGCUACCAAAAAUCCUUUGUUAAAAAAUGCAAAAGACAAAUAAAAAGAGCCGGGAGAGAAGGAGCUGCCGGGUGUGCGCGGGCGGGCGGGAAGGCGGGUCCUGCCCUGCACGCCGUGACUUCCGUCUCCUCCCCUCGCCCGCUGUCCGCUUCCCUCUGGCCGUCCAGGCCCCGUGAGAGCCACAGUCCACGCCUGCUGCCCGGGGUCCCAGCACUCGUGCCCCCGAGCCCGGCCUGGGCUUCUCGGGGACCUCCGGAGCACAGCCGGGCCGCCCUGGGGGUCCCCUGGCUUCUCUCGGACACCACAGCCUCGGCGAGCCUGGGUGGGACUCCGCAGGGGCCAGGCCAGCAGCUGGACACGGCAUGUCCACACAGACCCCAGCAGAGGCCGGGGCCAGCGGCCGCACCAGGCUCUCGGCCACAC